AUGGAAGGUACAACAAUCGGCUGGAUCAAAGUUCUCCUCAAUGUUUUUGACUAUAUAACACUCGUGGUUUUCGUCAUGGAGAUCAUCAUCAAAUGGGUCGAUGGAUUCUGGGUGUUCUGGAGGAAUGGCUGGAAUGUCUUUGACUUUUUUGUCACGGCAAUGGUAGGGGGUGUUUGUGGUACAGAGGUUAAUUUAGGUCUAAAAUUGUAUAUCAUUUUAGUUUUAUGAAGCGAAAUGCCGAAAGAUCUCCAUAUGUAAUAUUUCAAAUCCGACUAUGAGGACUGGACUAGAUUCCAAGUCCGAGCAAAUGGAUCAAAAUGCGAGGACUUGAAAUCUAGUCUAGUCCGAAUUGGAGGAUUUGAAAUGACAUCUCAUAUACGAAUAUAUCACUACUUAAAGUGAGGUGAAUUAAUUUCGAUCCAGUUUAAAUCCUGACUACUGAACUAUGGACGACUCCUAAAAUAAGUGAUUUAACUGAACCUCUAAGGAGAACAGUUUAUAUAACUGACAGAGCUAUCCAUUACAUAUAAAUAAAGUUAGCUUGUUUAGUUUUCCUCCUGUAGUAACACUGGAUCAAUAAGAGAUGACCCUUUAAUCCUUUAUACUGGUUUAGAACUGAUGGAGCUAUUCACAUAUAAAUAAAUUGUUAAUUUAGUUUAGUUUAGUUUUCCUCUUGUAGUAACACUGGAUCAAUAAGAGAGGAUUCUUAGUGGACCUCUAGGAAGAACAGUUUAGAACUAAUAAAGCUAUCCAGUAUAAAUAAAGUUAGUUUAGUUUAGGUUUCGUCCUGUAGUAACACUGGAUCAAUAAGAGAUGAUCCUUACUGGUUUAGAACUGAUGGAGCUAUUCACAUAUAAAUAAAUUGUUAGUUUAGUUUAGUUUAGUUUUCCUCUUGUAGUAACACUGGAUCAAUAAGAGAGGAUUCUUAGUGGACCUCUAGGAAGAACAGUUUAGAACUAAUAGAGCUAUCCAGUAUAAAUAAAGUUAGUUUAGUUUAGGUUUCGUCCUGUAGUAACACUGGAUCAAUAAGAGAUGAUCCUUACUGGUUUAGAACUGAUGGAGCAAUUCACAUAUAAAUAAAUUGUUAGUUUAGUUUAGUUUUCCUCUUGUAGUAACACUGGAUCAAUAAGAGAUGAUUCUUAGUGGACCUCUAGGAAGAACAGUUUAGAACUGAUAGAGCUAUCCAGUAUAAAUAAAGUUAGUUUAGUUUAGGUUUCCUCCUGCAGUAACACUGGAUCAAUAAGAGAUGAUCCUUACUGCACCGCUAGGGAGAACAGUUUAGAACUGAUGGAGCUAUCCAGUAUAAAUAAAGUUAGUUUAGUUUAGGUUUCCUCCUGUAGUAACACUGGAUCAAUAAGAGAUGAUCCUUACUGGACCUCUAGGAAGAACAGUUUAGAACUGAUAGAGCUAUCCAGUAUAAAUAAAGUUAGUUUAGUUUAGGUUUCGUCCUGUAGUAACACUGGAUCAAUAAGAGAUGAUCCUUACUGGUUUAGAACUGAUGGAGCUAUUCACAUAUAAAUAAAUUGUUAGUUUAGUUUAGUUUAGUUUUCCUCUUGUAGUAACACUGGAUCAAUAAGAGAGGAUUCUUAGUGGACCUCUAGGAAGAACAGUUUAGAACUAAUAGAGCUAUCCAGUAUAAAUAAAGUUAGUUUAGUUUAGGUUUCGUCCUGUAGUAACACUGGAUCAAUAAGAGAUGAUCCUCACUGGUUUAGAACUGAUGGAGCUAUUCACAUAUAAAUAAAUUGUUAGUUUAGUUUAGUUUUCCUCUUGUAGUAACACUGGAUCAAUAAGAGAUGAUUCUUAGUGGACCUCUAGGAAGAACAGUUUAGAACUGAUAGAGCUAUCCAGUAUAAAUAAAGUUAGUUUAUUUAGGUUUCGUCCUGUAGUAACACUGGAUCAAUAAGAGAUGAUCCUUACUGGUUUAGAACUGAUGGAGCUAUUCACAUAUAAAUAAAUUGUUAGUUUAGUUUAGUUUAGUUUUCCUCUUGUAGUAACACUGGAUCAAUAAGAGAGGAUUCUUAGUGGACCUCUAGGAAGAACAGUUUAGAACUAAUAGAGCUAUCCAGUAUAAAUAAAGUUAGUUUAGUUUAGGUUUCCUCCUGUAGUAACACUGGAUCAAUAAGAGAUUAUCCUUACUGGACCUCUAGGAAGAACAGUUUAGAACUGAUAGAGCUAUCCAGUAUAAAUAAAGUUAGUUUAGUUUAGGUUUCCUCCUGUAGUAACACUGGAUCAAUAAGAGAUGAUCCUUACUGGACAUCUUGGAAGAACAGUUUAGAACUGAUAGAGCUAUCCAGUAUAAAUAAAGUUAGUUUAGUUUAGGUUUCGUCCUGUAGUAACACUGGAUCAAUAAGAGAUGAUCCUCACUGGUUUAGAACUGAUGGAGCUAUUCACAUAUAAAUAAAUUGUUAGUUUAGUUUAGUUUUCCUCUUGUAGUAACACUGGAUCAAUAAGAGAUGAUUCUUAGUGGACCUCUAGGAAGAACAGUUUAGAACUGAUAGAGCUAUCCAGUAUAAAUAAAGUUAGUUUAGUUUAGGUUUCGUCCUGUAGUAACACUGGAUCAAAAAGUGAUCCUUACUGGACCUCUAGUUAGGUUGGUUUAGGUUGAUUUAUAUUUUUUGCAGUCAAUUGUUCCUGAAGUAUUCAAUUUGGUGCUGGGAGGAAAGUCCUCGUCUUCAAUAUCUGUUAUCGGAGACAACAUGCGUGUGUUCAAAAUAUUGAGAUCAUUAAAAAUGGUAUGAUUCUGAUGUAGGCUCAGUAUAAAAUAACUGCACAACUGUUUGACGAAGCUAUAUAACGUAAGAGAUGUCUUCACUUUAUUUUUGUUUUGUUCAGGUUUCCAGGUUUGCACAGCUAAGGAUCAUCGUCCUGACAAUAUUUAAAGCAUUCAAGGUAAUGAUAGAUAAAGGUGGAAAAGAAAGGCUUAAUCAUUGAUAUAGGGACUUAAUUAAUGAUCACGUGCGUGAAAAGGGUUGUUAAAGGCUAGUUCACACUAACCUGCGAUCAGGUGUUCUUGGGGGAAAUGGGUUUACUUUCGAAACACGUGAUUAAAUUUACGAUUCACGUGAUCAUUGUGCACACAUAUUUUGAGGAAGAGACCAUAUAGAUUGGGACAAUCUAGUUUUCACAUGCAUUCGGUUGUAAUAUACCAUUUGCUGAUACAUAUUUUCCACCCUCCCUCCCCCCACCCGUUUCAAUGUUGGCGCCGCGCAUCCAGACAUCAGAUUUUUGUUGGCCCAACAUUGAACUGGGGGAACGGGGAGGCGCUAUUCCUUUCAAAAUAUAUGAAAUUACAGCAGCUGUCCCAUAGUUUCUGGCAAAGAUUGUAGUUACCUGUCAGAUUUAUACGAGAGACGGAAGGUCUGUCUGGACAAACUUUACCAAAAAGACAAUUUGUCUGAGAUAAGUUGUAUGUGUGGUACAGCUGGUUUACACUAUCAAAGUUUCUGUGAUCACAGCAGGAAUUUUACAUAGGUAAAUUAUACGUUUUCCACAUUAAGUUAGUUCCAUCAGUGUUAAAGUGAGUGUUAAACACUAACGCCUGUAUUCUAAAAGCACACUCACACUGCGUGGAGGUUCAAUCUGAGUUUCUCUUGUGUGUCAAUGCUGUUUUUGAAUAGCUGGAGGGCGAGUAGUCACAUAGUAAGGUAUGACACUAACCCUCCAGCUAUUCAAAACAGCUUUGACACACAAGAGAAGCUCAGAUUGAACCUCCACUCAUUCAUGCAGUGUGAGUGUGCUUUUAGAAUACGGGCUAAGCCAGUUCCCUGAAACAUUUCUUACAAAUCCUUACCAAAGAAUUUACUAAUGCAAAAUUCCUACUGUGAUCACAGACAAUUUGAAAGUGUCAACAAGUGUCCGACUAUAAUUCUGCCUCAGUUGCACGUGAGAGCACUUCGGUCCCCCUUGUUUACUUACUGACACAGAACUGUUUGAACAUGAUGGAGCUACCCAGAUAAAAAUUAAAAUUUGUUUACUUUUGCCCCGGCCCCCAGUCAAACGAGAGUUGAAGAGAAUUGCAACUCUAUUUUUGACCCGGACUUUAUUCUCAAUAAAUUGUGUCGUUUUCAGUCAAUGGCAUUCAUCAUGAUACUGUUGAUGUUAUUCAUGUACAUUUUUGCUGUGGCUGGUACGAUUAUCUUUGAUUCUUACUCGAAAUCUACGAGGACGGACCUCAAGUAUAGGGACAGCUUUAGGUAUGUAGAAAGGGACCAUUACCUUAUUACUAUAGGGUAUUAUUAUGUGGUAUUGGAGCACGGGACCAUAGGUCCCAGAAAUUUUUUUGAGUUGCUAGAAAAUAUUUCCCCAAGAGAGAUAAUUGUAAUAAUUUAGAUAAAAGGAGAAUUCAGAGGAAAAUUCUAACCAACAGAGAGAAUGUUAACUGUAGUGUAGAGCUGAGCUCAGAAGUGCAAUUUUAAGUGCAUCCAUUUAAUAAGUGCGAUGGUGUAUAAAUGUAUUAGACUAUAAAAUGAUUAUGAUAUAACAAAUGUUGUAUGGCAAAUGCAAUUUUAGCAAAUCUGGGACACCUGAUUUUCAAAAUUUUCGGGGGGAGCAUGGAUCCCCCUUGAUAGCGCCCACUAAUAGUGCCCUUUUUUGGCAUCUGUACUUAUCUUAGGAUCAGACCCUUGAUGCAUGUUAUCUAAAUUGGUUUUAUGUUAUAUAUACUCCCUCCUAAAAGUAUUACUAGCUUAGAUUCUCAGUGCAAUGAAAUAAUUUUUUUGUUAAAAUAUAGCAAGGCAUCCAAUUUACAACUUGUUUGUGUCACACAUUUACAGUGUCCGAUUGCCAAUUUAGUUGAUUAUUUGCACAAUGUUCUCUUGGCUCAAGGCUUCAAUAGCGGCUACAUAUGUCUAUACUCUUCUUCGGUAGCAUCAUUCAAAAUAAGAACAUAUCAAUACUUUUUAGAAACAGUUUAAACGUGGUCAUAUGUAAUCUAUUGUAUAUAUAAAAAAUGCUGUGCUGAGAGGUUAUUUUACUACCUUUUUUAAGGUAGUAAUAUAACCACUCAGCACAGAGUUUUCACAUUGGUACUACCUACACUGGUAUACAGACAGUUUUAAUAUUGUAUAUAUACCAUAUAUCUUUUUCCCCCACGUUACCUAAUAUAUUUGUUUGUUUGUUAAUAGUCGUAGUUAUAGAAGGCCCAGUGUAAGAUUAGCUUUGCUAAACUGGUUUUUGUAAUACCUUCUUUAAUUUAAAUAAAGUCUAUUAUUAUUUAUCUUUAUUUGCAUGACAACGAAUUCUAUAAAUUCCUUACAGUACAUUAAAGAACGCCUUCAUCACUUUGUUCCAAUUGUUCACCCUGGAUCAUUGGUUUGAGAUUUUGAACGACAUGGUGAAAGCAGUCAAUCCAAUUGUGGCAAAGAUUUAUAUUCUACUGUGGAUAUGUAUUGGAGCUUUUGUAUUCAGAAAUAUCUUUGCUGGAAUUAUGGGUACGUGCAUCGAUAUAACUAUAGAUCACUAGGGCAUCACCGAUUCAUACAUGAACUUGUGGUUAGAGCUCGACAACUGGCCUCUGUAUUUCAGUUGGCUAGAGCGCUGGGUAGCAUUUUGUGUAUUUGUGCAUUGCAUUUUGGGUCUAUCUGUUGAUAAAAAUUCAGAAUUUUGGUAGCUAUAUACAUGAAUUAAAUUUGCUGCUUUGCUCGCUCCUUGUGGUAGCUAUAAUCGUUACAUGUCAAAUUUUUUUCCCACUAUAAUAAAUAACUAGGCCCCCCUUCUGAACUAAUAUUUUUAGGUGCCCCCCCUUUUCAGUCAAAAAUACCUCAUAACCCACCCCCUUUUUUUGCCAGCUCACCCCCAUUCAUAAAUAAUGAAUGGUCCCUAAGUAGUAGUUAAAACAUGAGCAGCCUAUCUUUAUCUGAUAUACAACGUGCUUAUGAGUUCAUUGGCGAAGUAAUUUUAGGUUUAUGUAAAUCAGGACAAAUCUUUAUCCGAUUUACAAAUAUUGAUGAAACAUUAAUUUCUUUUGAAUUUUCCUCAUGAAUUAUUAAUGAGUAUUUCAAAUACAUUUGUGAAACUCAUUAAUAAUUCAUGAAGAAAACACAAAAGAAAUCAUGAGCGUGAAGGAGUUUGUAUGUACCUGAUACAAAAUCAUGCUGAUUUACAUAAACUUUAAGUUCAAUUUUCUCACAUACCAGUAAUAUCAUACAUUUUAAUAUCAUUCAUUUAUUUUAAAUUGUUGAAGAAUACGAAUGUUCUCAUCAAGACGUUUCACAAUCCAUUUACAACAUUCGCGUCCGUGUUGUAUCGGAUAAUUAUGCAAACUCUGGUCUUCGACUCGAGUUUGCAUGUCCGAUACAACACGGCCGCUCAUCUUGUAAAUAGUACUUCUGACAUGUGUUAGUAACCUCACAACGCUUAUACUGAAACCGUCUUUAAAAGCCAAACUAUUGAACUAUCGUUAUAUUUUUAUUGAUCAGUAAACAACUUUCAAAACAUUCGCAAUGACUUCAACCAACAAAUCAAAGAACAGAUAGCGGUGAAAGAACGCGCGGAAAUCAGAACUCACUUGGCAGAGGAGCUUGAGAAACAGGAUAAGAAACAUAGCAAAAGUCGGUAGGUGGAAACUGGUCGCGUUUUGGUCGGAUUUUCACAUCAUCGAUAAGAUAAUAAUAGUGAUUUGAAAACCUGCACAGGAUAAGUCUCCUGCCUAGUCCCCAGGCGCUAUAAAACGAUUUCACAUACUAGUCACUAUAUAAAAAAGUUCACAUGAAGCAGUGCGUCAUUAUAGACGCGCAAAGGGGGACGGGAUAUGAGCGUUAAACCCCUAUACCCUUGUUCAUCGCGAUGCACUACUUCAUGUAAACCUUUUAAAUAGUGACUCGUAUGUGAAAUAUUUUGAUAGCGCCUGGGGACGAGGCAGAUAAGUCUCAGUUUUGGUUUCCUUCUGUAGGAACACUGGACACUAAAGGCCAUGUUACACGGUGCAAUUUUUCUUGCAACUUGCAAAUGCAAUUCUACUCUUGAGAGAUGUUAAUUAGUGAAAUCAGGGAAGAAUUUUCGAUAUGUUGAAAAACGUAUUGUAACGAAGACUCGUGUUUGGCAAUUUUACAUCUCUCAAGAGUAGAAUUGCAUUGCAAGUUGCAAGAAAAAUUGCCCCGUGUAACAUGGCCUUAAGUGACGAUCCUUACACUAAAAAAAAACUGGUUAAAAAUUUCUACAGUGGUAUAUUUAGAGUGUGAUUAUUGGACCCUCUAGGGAGAACAGUUUAAAACUGCUGGAGCUAUCCAGUAUAAAUAAAGUUCGUUUAGUUGAAGGGAUGCGCUUUCUGACUUCUGGUCACUGUGCUUGCUUGUCAUGUACUUUUUAACCAAAAACUGUUGUUUUUCUUGGCAGACGUAUGAGCAGUCUUGCACCCGACCCGCAACCGCAAGGAAGAGAACGCCGCGCGAGUUCCUUCUUCAACAAAAUAUUUCGAAAAAGCACAGCGAAUGCGAUGGAAGCCAUGACAGAAGAACCCACGAAAGAAAUACCAGAAGAACCAAAACAACAACAGCAGCAGCCUCAUUUUGUUAUGCAACUGCAGCAAAAAAUGGCUCAGAUAAGGUAUGACAGUGCGGUAAUGUGAACUUGAAAUUAAAAGUGAAGUUGAAAUUUUGCAUUUUUCAUCAUUGACAGAGCAUCGGGCUAGUAUUCCAAAGGUCGUAGGUUCGAUUCCCACCGUGGCCAGGCAUAUUUUUCAAGCUUUCCCGGUGUGGAUAUACACACUCAGAGUAACACCACAAACAUCAUAUUCACCUGAGUACACAACACCAACACAGCAAAUCAUAAUUAUUAGAUUGCAUUGAUAUCGAUGGAACUAGACUCAGUUCUGAAAUAUCACAUACUCGAACCGACCUGACCGCGUAGCUCAGUUGACAGAGCAUCAGGCUAGUAUUCCAAAGGUCAUAGGUUCGAUUCCCACCGUCGCCAGGCAUAUUUUUCAAGCUUGCCCGGUGUGGAUACACACUCAGAGUAACAUCACAAACAUCGUAUUCACCUCAGUACACAACACCAACACAGCAAAUCAUUUUAAAAAGUUUUCUAAGCAAAGUUUAAGGAUUGUCAAAUUUUCAUCUAUAAAUCCAAAAUUAGAGUUGCCAAUGCACAAUAUGAAAAUGUCAGUUGGCAGCUUGUAACAAACAUCAUCAAAUGCCAUCAAACAAAUUUUGUUGCACAUUUUCAAUUUUUGGCCAGCCGUCUAUACCAAAACAAAAAUAAUUUCAUUUUUAAUUUUACCGCUCCAGGUCAAGCGAUCGUGAUCAACCUAGGGCGGGCAUAAAACGAACCAGCUCUUUCCAUGCCUACUACGCUUUACACACUGACGAAGACAGAACAGAAGAUUUAGAUUUUGGGGCACAAAGUGGGCAAGCCAUUCCAGAUGGGACUUUGAAUGUUGAAGAGCCCAGAACAACACGAGUCCAGUUCAAAGAAGAGAUCAAAGAGGAUAAGAACAAGGGAGCGGAAACGGCAGAAGAUGGUAAAACAUCGGAAAAAGAUACGGAAGCAGAGUUUGAAGGUGCUGAACUAACUUUAUUUAUACCGGAUAGCUCUAUCAGUUCCUAACAAUUCUGCCUAGAGUAGUGAUGUACCAAUAUAUGGAAAUUUACCGAUAUUUUAAGGGCGAUAUUGGUCCGAUGUUCUAUUUUACUUCGAAAUUCACAAAUGAUAAUUGGACUUACUGUAGAAACUUCAUCAUAACUAUAAGUUGAGAGUGGCCAAUCAUGCAUUAACACUUAUCAUACAUGAAUGUAUACAUUGAUAACAUCUUUGAAUAUGGCUAUACAGGGUGUAUAAAAAAAAACUGAACAGAUUUGAAAUCGCUCUCAAUUUCGCAAAACACCUAUUUGUAUCCCGUUUUUUAUAUAUAUAGCUUCUUUGGGUACUUAUAAUGUAGAAUAAUGGAAAAAAAAUCUCAAACUCAAAUUUGGUGAACCAGGGGGGUGUGUCUUUUCCAACAAACUAAAAAUGGCUCGCGCACAAAAUUUAAAAGCUUUAAUCAUAUUUUGAGUUAAUAGAUGGAAACUUUGUUUGGUUUUUAAUUACUGUACAAAAUUUCAGACAAUUUGGUUUAGUUUAAGCCGUUUAACUAUUCAUUUUAUUCUAAAAAAUCAGCCUUUCGCAUGCUUAAUUAAUGCAUUUACCAAAUUUGCAUGUUGCUAACAUAUGCAAAUUAGGAAAUGCAUUAAUUAAGCAUGCAAAUAGCUGAUUUUUAGGAAAAAUGUAACUUUGUGUGAAUAGUUAAACGGCUUAAACUAAACCAAAUUGUCUGAAAUUUUGUACAGUAAUUAAAAACCCGACAAAUUUUCCAUCUAUUAACUCAAACUAUGAUUACAGCUUUUAAAUUUUGUGCGCAAGCCAUUUUUAUUUUGUUGGAAAAGACACCCCCCCCCCCUGGUUCACAAUAUUUGAGUUCAAGAAAUUUUUUUCAUUAUUCUACAUUCUAAGUACCCAAAGAAGCUAUAUCUAUAAAAAACCGAAUACAAAUCGGUGUUUUGCGAAAUUGAGAGCAAUUUCAAAUCUGUUCAGUUUUUUUUUAUACACCCUGUAUAUUGAUAUUUAUAUUGAUGGAUUUGGGUCACUGAGUUGUGUUACAACUUUAAAUUUAAAUAUAUUGUAUAAAUUUGUUAUAAUAAAUGCCGAUAAUAUCGGCAACAAAGAUACCGAAUUGGGGGCCGAUAUCCGAUAUAUCGGUGCAUCACUACAGGUCCAGUAAGGGUCACUCCUUCACUCUUCUGCUCUUAGGCGAAAAUAUCAUCAGCCAACUGCAUAUUGCAGUAACCCAACCCAUGCACAUCUUUCAUAUAUUGUCACCUUCGUUUGUGUGAGGGGGAUAGGUAUAGGUCCAUGAACUUCAAGAGUCUUGUAUAUGGAAAUUAUCGAGUAGAAAUUCUAUAAUCUAUACAUACAGUUAUUAGACCUAACCAGCAACUUUAGGUCCUUGGCAGAAAUCGAGCCUGCGGACCUGCGAUUCCGGCGCAGCGCUCUAACCAACCGAGCUAUACAGUUCAAUUGUCGAGGUUAGAACCACAAGUUCAUGUAUAUAUUAUAUACUAGGGUACUGCCAUGUUAGGUUAUGGGUAAAUAUCAAGAUUUUGUUGGCAUCACACUCGAUUGAAUAAUAGUUGAAGGGUCUUGUGGAUGGAAAUGAUCAAGUGGAAAUUUAUUGAAUCGAGCAGCUCAUUGUGUUAACCGACCUUCUCUCUUACAUAAGUUCUUCGACUUUUUAGACUGGCAAAAGACCAUUGACGCAAACCUACACAACUUCCAACGCUGUCCAAUGGAGACAUUGUGGCCAAGAGACACUUUGUUCAAGUAAGAGUCUUCUCCAGGGACGCCGGAACUGGGGGGGGGGGCAGGGGGGGCGGCUGCCCACCUUGCCUUUUGCUUGGGGGGGGGCAGGGGGGGGCAGAAGUGCCCUUUUAGUUGUAAAAUACUACGUGAUAAAUUACAUUUCCAACGAUGCUUUUUGUAGGAAAAUCAUGAGAUUCAGGUAAUUUAUAGUUUAUAUUUAUAAAAAUUUUGGAAAAUUUUUGGAAUUUAGAAAAAUAUUUUGAAGAAAUGGCGGAAAUUUAAGAUAUGCGGAAAAAUUUUUGUCUUCACGGAAAAUUUUGGUAUGUCCGGAAAAAUUUUUGACCCUAAAAUGGUACACUGACCGAAAUUUUUUUGGCGACGGGGGGUGGGGGGCCCUUGGUGUGCGUCCGCCCCCUUUUGCCUUAUUAUCGUUCCGGCGUCCCUGGUCUUCUCAAAUGACCGCGUGCUUGUCGAAUCAGCUGGAUCAUGGAAUGUUUGCGUGACAGUGUUCCGGCAAGCGGGAUGUCUGACUAUCUGUACGGGAAUUUCUUCAUUCUGUGUGUUUAAUUAAUUAAAACUUUUCUUUUACGUAUAGAUAUUUUCAGUUGAUGGAACAACUGCAAGAAAAUCUUGUGGAACGAAAACAGUUGAUUCGAUUAUUAGGUAAGUUUAAUCUCUUUAAAUUCCAAACCAAGUUAGGCAGGCUUCGCUUUAUAUUCACUGUGUGUGUUUGUUAGUCUGUUCGUUUGAAACAUAGUCAUAAAAGUCCUCAUUAUCUAUGUUUUUUCUUGGUUUAAGCAUGGAUUGUAAAAUAAAUGGAUAGGAAACUAGCUGACGUGACCUAAUGUUUUCAAUGGGCUGAUGGCGUGGAUGGAUGUCUCAACCUAGUUGAAGACCAAAUUCUCAAAAACGGCAUGUUUAGCAAUAAUACAGCUAAACAAUUUAGUCAAAUAGCAAAUAAAUAUAACCACGCCAUUCUACGAUGAAAACUCUAAGUAUUCCCAGUCAAUUUUAGCAAAUAUUUCAAGCACUAAACAGUGAAAAAUACAUCACAAAUUUCGUUAAAAUUUGUGACGCCAAUUUCGUAGCUACAAAUGUAAAAAAAUACAAAACAAAGACGAAAAACAUUUACCUUGAAUACUUUGUCGUGGCUUAGGCAUGUUUUUAAGACAAUUAGACCAGUUUAUGCUUCAAUAUUACUCUUUUAAAGUGGAAAAUAUAGCAAAACAACAAAAAUGCCGAGAACUUUGGUAAGAUUCGCAAUACGCGUGACGUCACGUUUUUCAACAAGGUCACAGAAUAGGAAGUUAUACCAGAAGCGUAACUCGAGCAAAUAUUUGUCCGCGUUUUUACAAGCGAUUCGUCAUCAAUCACGCCAUCGUGGCUAGUACAACCGGCACUUUGUACCUACCAAACCUGAUAAAAACUUCCGGCUGUACUAGCCAGGAUGGCGUGGCCUGACGUGAGCGAGUUAAAAUUUUCGUGGACGUCAAACAAUAAGGGAAACGACUAGAGUUACGCUUCUGGUAUAACUUCUUAUUCUGUGACAAGGUUGCGGCCAAUGACGUCAGAAGUUUCCUAUCCAGUUAUUUUACUAGAAAAUACAUGCAUGCAGAAACCCUCGCAUUGCUGACAAAACCGUUGUAUUUUACGAACAUGAAGUAUCUAAAGUAGUUGUCAUGGUAACACGAUAAUUUUUUGAGAAUAUUCUUAAUACAAAUGAAAAAUCGCCUAAAAAUAUCACUUUUAAUUACAAAAUUAUCAAUUUCCCAACAUAUUUAUGUUAGGUAUGUAAUUAUACGUAAUACAAGCUUCAAUUUAAGGUAAAAUUCAACCACAAACAAUUCACAAAACGUUUUAAAGUGUUCUUUAUAAAACUAUAAAACUGCCUUUAACUAUUAAAUGGCUUUAUCGAUAAACUUUGAGUUUUGCAAUAAAAUGAUUUCAAAUUCUCGCUUGCAAAUAACUUUGCUUUAUUUUUAUUUAAAAAAUUCAAUAUAAUAAAAAAGGGAAUCAAUAUUAAAGAUACACUGAAAUUAUAUGCUGUCUUGUUUAGUUGUUUCAUAUUCACAAAGGCCGUCGGGUUUUAAAGCCAUUAUAAAAUCAAUAUUUAAAACAAACUUACCUUCGUUAACGUCGGCUCCCUUCUUUUAGCUGAUUCUUUCGCUCUUUCUUUCUUGAAAUUUACAAAAUCUUGCAGAAAUACGAGCAAAAAUGAAGAAUAUUUGCAAGAAAUUUGUCAAUCAUCAACUCAUCAAAUCAAGAAAUGUCAAAUGUUUGCUAUUUCGCUGUCGUCAUGCAGCCGUUAUAAUGCAAACUUUAAAUUGGACCAAUCAGUGUCCGCUUUUAAUGACAGUCCGCCAUAUUUUUGAGAUCAGUGACGAUGACCACCCAUCGUUGGUGACCGACGCCCGCGCUCAUUGAUGAACUUCAGACUUCCCUAAUGCUUUCGUUUCUCCGGGUGUAAAUAGCCGGGGGGAAUUAGUACCCUCGCACGGCGCUUCGCGCCGCCGGCUCGGGGACAAACCAUGGUUUAUGCACGAAUUUUAACGAAAUUUGCGAUGCAUUUUUUCACUGUUUAGUGCUUGAAAUAUUUGCUAAAAUUGACCGGAAUACUUAGAGAUUUCAUCGUAGAAUGGCCUAGUUAUAUUUAUUUGCUCUUUGACUAAAAUGUUUAGCUGUAUUAUUGCUAAACAUGCCGUUUUUGAGAAUUUGGUUUGCAACUAGGUUGAGACAUCCAACCACGCCAUCAGCCCAUUGAAAACAUUAGGCACAGAAUAAAGACAUACAGAAGUGUAACUUCCAUUACAAAACCGUAAGGCGCUUUUUUAAAUUUUUGCCGAAAUAGCUGGCGGCCAUGUUCUUAGCAAGUGCCCUAAAGAGAGGCAUUCACUCCCCUGGAAUAUUAAAUUUUCAAUAUGUUUUCAGGGGGGUGACUGCCUCUCUUUAGGGCACUUGCUAAGAACAUGGCGGACUGAAAAAAUUCCUUACGCACUUUUAAUAAGAAGAUACACUUCUGUAUGUCUUUAUUCUGUGUAUUAGGUCACGUCAGCUAGUUUCCUAUCUAUUUAAUUUAUUAUCCAUGGUUUAUGCAAGAAAUGCUCGGUUCACCGUCGUGCAGGGAUUAUUUUAAAGAAAUUUUAUCACCAUGGCGCUGAGUAGUUCUCUAGCUGGAUUACAAGUUAUUCAUUGUAAAUGGAAAUGAUGCACUACUGAUUUGUAGAAAAAGACAGAUCUUUUUUUUUGGGCGGGGGGGGUGAUCCUUCCCCAGCUGAAUUUUUCGGUUUUUUUAGCCUCCGAAGGUUGAUUUCUUGCAUUUUCAGACACAAUUUUCUAUACAUUCCAUCUUCAAAGAUUGAAGUAUACUAUAUAGGCCAUAUAAAAGCAUUGUUUGGUUACGGGAAUCUGCACUUGCUUAUAUUUUAGAAAAAGCUAGGUACCUUCACAUGCACAAUUUGAUGAACAUUAAAGUGUAAACUUAUUGUGUAUUUGGCUAUUAAAUUUAUGUGUAAUAUGAAAGUUGAACAAGUUGAACUAUAAUUUGUGAUAACUGAUGCAAACUUUUCACGAAUUAACAUCACCUAUUUUUAAAGGGGAAGUCAAGUCCGUUCUGCGCAUCGGUUCUGCGCAUAACAAUGUGAGGACCUCUAAUGUGAAAAUUGCCCAAAUUUCGAAUGUUUCGAAUUUUUCUGAACAUAAACUUUAUUUCAUAUUCAUUUAGAAGCAAAUCGCGAAGCGAAUCAAAAUGCUGUUAGAUAUUCCGACAGUACAUCAUAUUUUAAAAAAUACAGCAGUUCAAAAUGUAAACAAACCGUUUGUUUACAUUACGGACUUGACUUCCCCUUUAAAUAUUAAAGAAAAUCAUUACUGCACAAAAUCUCAUAAUUUAUCAUUGCAAAAAUAAACGUUUGACACUCUGCGCAAAUUGAUUAUCACUGCAUGCAUUUUAAAAUAAUUCCUUGUCACUUCGCCAGAGAAACCAAUGGACCUUUCCCCUUAUAACUAAUAUUUUGAUCUAGACAAGUCUAGACAAAAAUUUCAUCACAGCUUGAAAGAGCAUCACAAAAUUAGUAAUAUUCUAAAGUUUCGUUGCGAAAUGUUGUAAAAUGCGGAUAAUAUAGCCUUGCAAAAUGUGCAUUUUUCAGUCAUUUUGUAUUACAAACGGGAAAUCGAUGCCCCAACACCCGAUUGGGCUGUCAAUUUCCCAUGUCUGAGACUGAGUAAUACAAAAUGACUGAAAACCGGCAAACUUCGCAAGGCUAUAUUAUCCGCAUUUUACAACAUUUCGCAACCAAACUUUGGAAUAUUACUAAUUUUGUGAUGCUCUUUCAAGAAAUUUUUGCCUAGAUCAAAAUUUUAGUUAUAAGGGGAAAGGUCCAUAGCCUAUGUUUUCAUUUACCGAUUGUGUAAUAUCAUGACUGGGUGAUAAAACCAGCACACUGCUAUUGGUUGUGCCGAUGAACCGACCAUUUCUUGCAUAAAUCAAGAUAAAAACAUAGAUAAUGAGGUGUAUUAUGUCUGCAUCAAGUUUUCUAACCUUAUUAUUCUAUUUAAUCAUCUUGUUAAAAUUCUGUCAACAUAUGGUAUAGCUCGAUUUGAACUAUUUUUAAUUUCAUACUCAAUUCAAAUUAUUUGGCGCGUUUUGGCUUUCCACACUCGAUGAAACGGUUAAUUAAAAAAUGCUAGUCAUUGAAUGUUUGAAAAUAUUCUAAUCCUAAAAAACGAACUAUGCGACUAUAAAAUACAUGUUUCGUCUUUCGACCUCUUCAGUUUGUCGCCAUUUUUAUUUUUAAAUUUUUUUUUUAAAUAUUUUUUUAUAUUUAUGUGACUUUCUCAAUUUAGUUGAAGCGCUACUGCAAGUUCACGAUUCAAAGAAAAUUGUCAAGGAAGAAUCCAAGCAGGAGAAACAACCUAAAUCUGCACCUUGA